UGUACCACGACUGUCUUCGAGGCGAUCGUGCCAAUUCCCAAUUAUUUUUUGACUUGUAUUUACAUAACUAAUUGAUUAUUUUCAUUUGUGAGGCUGAGUGUGAAUCUGUCCACCUGUCACUGCGAGUAUCUUCAUUUGUCUAUAACGCGCUAUAGCUGCGACAUGCGCGACUGUGCGACCUCCCAAUUAUCUCCUGUCUUGUACAUUUGAUUGAUUGGUUGAUUUCGUGAGGCCGAGUGCGAGUCAGUUCAUGCAUAGGCAAAUUCUUUCCGCAGCUGCGCCUCUUUUAUAUUGCUUUGCUAUACUUAUAUAUAAUCACGGCGAGCACCUUGCUGCUUCCACGAGUGGAACGCAAAUGUGUUUUUUAACCCCGAGCAUUUCGACUAACAAAUAUAGGUCUCAACUCCUAAGCAAACAAGACACUGAAGAUUCAAAACGACAGUUUGGAAACGACGUAUCCAAGUUCAGCAGACUCAUGCUGACCCCAAUCAUUGCUGCGUUGCACCGGGCUGGCCCAUCUCUGGCACUGAUCUUCAUUAUCCUAAUGGCAGUGGAGACCAUAUGGCAGAAUUUUUCUGGGGUCAAAUCAGGCACUCCGCUCCCUGAUAAUGCAAUCGUGUCUGGUCUAUACGGCCCCGGUUCCUGGAGGGUGUUCGUAUUGUCAAGCUGGUUUGCGGUGUGGAAAACUAUAUCACAGAACGCCUCGCCAGGCUUCGACCCCGACCUAAUGGCGUCUACAAUAAUCAUAAUUACGUCCUCCGCCGAUUUGAUCCGCCUUUGCGUCCGUAUUGAGAAGCUGGAAGCGUUUCCUCCACACUUGUGGCAUUGGUUCAUUGCCGCAGCAUUAUCAACUCAUUACGACUUUGGCGCUGCGUUUAUUGCAAGCAUUGCCCGGAUCUACUUCCUCAUCCCAAAAGCUUGUGGCGCCCUCUGAGCAUAAUCCUGGUGAGGAUGCUAUAGACACCCCCAAAGCCUCGAUACGUUCUCUAGGCUUGUGGAUCAUCAAUUUAAUAUCAGCCUUUUCCGCUAUGACGCAGUAUGAACGCAUGAUUCAUCGUAUCCCUGUCCAUUCACUACCGCCUUUCGUUGAUGGUUCUCAUCCUGCUCUAUCUAUGGAACGCCUUCAAAUGUGGUCGGUUUGGGGUUGGCGAGUUCACUCAAGGUUGCUCAUGGGCCAAUUCAUCAAUAGUACUGAUUCU